GUUUGUGAUCAGAGUUGAGAAGUUUGCUGUUGUUUUGAUACCACUUUUUUAGAACGGAAAUGGUAGAAGGCUGCAGAGAUUGACCGCGCACAUUUUAAUGAGGACUGGCUUACAAUAACUUAACGUCAGGAAUGUUCGCUAACUUCAUCAGAAAUUGAUCCAUUACAUUCCUGGUAUCUACCUGUGGAUGUUAAUUGUUAAAGUUAUAUUUCGGUACAUUGCAUUCAGUUUUUAAGGUUUCAUAUACAUGGAGUUGGUGUAUAAUUUUGACUGAAGAACAGGAUUCCAAAUUGAGAAAUAGAGGAAACCAAAACAACCGUUUUAAAGAAGAUGGAAUCAAGUGAGAUUAUUCUCACAGAUCAUGUUCUCACAGGAGAAGAGCUGUCAGAAUUUAAUUUAGAGGAUACAUGGGAAGACAGUCUAAAAAGAACACAGAAAAACAACCAGGAUGGCUUAUUGGAACUGACUGAUUCCGGCAAAGCAUUGAAGGUUCACUCAGAACGACCGCAUUUAGUGAGCUUGGGAGGAAGUCGCAUCAGCACAGCCGUCACUCUUUUGCCUCUCAAAGAAGGUAAUAAUCGGAUUGGACGGGCAGAUGCACCAAUUACACAGGACAUUGUAAUCUCAGGAAAAGGGGUGGAACCAGAACAUUGCGUCAUUGAAUAUGCAAAUGAUAUUGUCACUAUACAUCCCAGGGGGGCAUGCUCCAUUGAUGGUGAGCAAAUCGACACGUCUACGAGAAUAUCUCAAGGUGCAAUGUUGUGCUUUGGUAAUACUGCCCUCUUCAGGUUUAACCAUCCGCUAGAAGCAAAGAGACUGAAAACACUUGGGUACAGUCCCAUCAAUGGAUCUUCAAAAUACUCAACUACAAAACAAAAUGGUGAUGUCCAGAGCCUUAACGAUACAAACAGAAGCGGUAGAUCUACCCAUCAAAUGAAUGGUGUGAACCAGUAUCCUAUGGCACAAAAGAAUUUGAAUAGUAAUAGUAAUCGCAAUUCAGAGGAGGCAUUAGAAAUCAGCAUCAAAGCUGACCUUGAGGAAAUCAUGCGGCAAGUCUCAUUAGAAGAUGACAAUGAUGGUUUUAUGUUUGAGAACAAGUAUGCAAUUCUUGAUUCACCGUUCGAUGAUUACAAAUUGACCAAUAACUCUAGAAUACUUAGUCCUGCCUCAACCAGCUCAGAAGCUUCAACAGUCUAUGGAUCAUAUCAAGAUGAGGUUGGUAGUCCAAAGGAAGUUUUUUACUUUGGUGGAAAGGGUGAUGUACGCGAAACAGCCAUAUGUGAUGAUGACGACGAUGAUGACACUGCCAAUGAGACUUGUGCCACAAAUAAGUUCCGUCCAUCAGUCAAUUCAGUACGGUCAAAAUUUGAAAGCAGCAAGAGAAGACAAAGUCCAGUUUUGGGACACCAACGGACAUCACCAUUGGGUAGUCCACAAUUGUCUGAUAAACCUCCAAUGUCUCCAAACCGUAUUCGCAUGGGUCAAAGCAGCCUGAUGAUCAGUAGAUCCACCCAUCAGAAACCAGACCUUACAGAACAACAGUCAACAGAUAGCUCUAAUUCUCUAACAACUGUAUCUAGUGCAUCAACAGAAGACCGUUCUUCCUCAAGUUCUGACCAGUCCAGUUACAGUACAAGCUCAAUAUCAAGUGGACCAGAGUUAAAACCAAUUGCACCAAUUAAAAGGACUUUACCAGAUCCAAAUGUUAAACGAACCGUCAGCUUUAAUUUGACACCAGAAGAAAAGCUGCGGGCUGACAGAAAGUCAAGGGAAGAUCUAACAGAGCAUCGGAAAACAUUCAUUGCAGAUCCUGACCAAUUUGAAGAGGAAGAACAAAAAGGUUUGUGUGUAAAGCAUAUGCAGAUAGUUGCACAGCGGAAACAAGAACAACGAUUGGCAGAUCUGGAGCAGCAACGAUUGGAUGAAAUUCUGAGUAUUUGCACCGAGUAUGAAGCCCUGAAUAAGAAGCCACCAAGUCCUAAGAGAAUACACCAACAGCCUGAUUUCAUUCCAAAACUUGAGAAUGAAACUAUUAAGCCAACCAUCCAGCAAACAUCAGAAGGCAGCCCACCAAAAAUUAAGGUGGAUUCCCCAGUAUUCAAAGGUCCAAGAGCUGAAAGGCGGGUGUCUUACGAGCGCUUGAAAGGUGACAAUGGCGCUCUUGUUAAUGGUAGUGAGGAGACACCAACUGCUGUACCUCUCAUGAAAUUCAUACGGCAGCAGUCCAUGGAAUCUGACAGUGGCUCUGAUGAUGAAAAGGCUACAUUGUCAGAACUUCAAAAGAAACUCGAAAGGCUUGACAAAGAGAGGUCAGAUGCCAUACAAAAGGUUGAAGAACUUGAAAAAGUUCUUGAGAUGCUAGACAACCAAGAAUCUGAAACAAUGAGAGAGCUUGAGAUUGAGGCAGCCUUGCUUGAAGGAGAGCACAAGAGUGAAAUGGAGCACCUGAAAAGGGAGCAGGAACAGAUAUCGACGCUGCAGGUAUUAAAAAUGAAGCUUGGCGACUGUGCCAGGGUCGAGAAGGAAAAGGAAAAAAGUCUACUGGAGCAAACUAAAAGCAGCUUAGAGUCGCUUCAAAUCGGCCACGAGGAAACAAGGAAGCGGCUAGAAGUGUGCACCGAGAAUGAGAAAGAUGAUCUGUUGCUCAAGUUACAGAAACAGAAGGAGAUGCUAGAUAUAGAACGCAAGAAGUUUGAAGAUUUAGAGUUCCAACAGUUUGAGAUUGAGGCUAGGAUAGAGGAGGAAAAAGAAAUCAUGGAGCAAGAAUUAAUGAAGGAAAAGCGGCAGACGGAAGUGAUCCUAAAGGAUAGAAAGGAUAACGUGAACCACAUUGAUCGUCAAAUGACGGCUGUGCUGCGAGACUCGCAGACAGAAGGUGAAGUCAUUCAAGAGAAGCGUUCCUUAGCAACAACUGAACUUGAGAAAGAAAGGCAACAACUUGACAGCAUAGAAACGAAAUAUAACAGACUACUUGCAAAAGUUUCCAAGAGAGCAGUUUUUAUUCAAGACCCAAAUCAACUGAAAAAAAUCCAAGAGAUGACGGAAAGACGGUUGAAAUUGCACCCUGAGAUGUCACUUAGUGAUGAGUUCCUUGCAACUAGACGGAAGAAUUCAAAUUCUCCGCGCAUUGCCCGUAAAAUGUCUAACGAAAACUCACCACACUCAUCACCGUACUCAUCACUGCGGAAAGGAGGGACAAUUCUAGAUAUUGAAAGGAAUAGAAAGCAGCUUUUGGAAGAGACGGAUUCGGACUCUGGAGCAGAGGAGGAAAUUGAAGGAGAAAUGCUCAUCGAGAAAGAGAAGCAGCGCCUACAGGAGUUACGGAAAAGGGCAGGGGAAGAAGUCCGGGCACAGUGGGAGGAGAAAAAACGUAGCGAGUCAUUUUCAAAUACGUUAAACGGCAGUCACAUCAAGGACUCUCCGCGCGUUGAUUCACCAAGGCACAAUACAAUUCAUGCAAUGAUGGGGUACUAUAGUGAUGCUGCAAGUGUAUCCAGCUUUGAAAGCAUUGAGGGUCACAUGGAUAUCUCUUCUGUAUGUUCAACACCUUCAAAAUCUUGGGCAAAAAAUAGUAGUUUUACGAUAGAGGAGAGGGAGAGGCUAGCUGACAUGGAGCGACUACUGCGAGAGGCUCAGGCUGAGAAACAAGCUCUUCUAGAGCAACAGGAGCGGCUUCGAAUGCUAGAACACAGCCACUUGGAGGAAGAACACCGGAAGCGGGAAGAGCUUGAACGACAGCUGGAGGAGGAAACCUCAAGGAGGGAAGAGCUUGUGAUGAAUCAAGUUAAAUUACGGGAAAAAUCCUUUAGGAUGGGAAACAAUCAGGCUCGUCCAUUAACAAGAUUUUUACCGAAUCGUUCUGUGGAGUUUGAUUUGCGCCAGCAUGUUGAAAUGUGUGGCCAUAAUGUUGAAAAUUGUCGCCAUGUUAUCCUCACAAAAACCACCUGCCGAGGAACGAUGAUCAAAAUGGGUGGACGUAUCAAGACAUGGCGCAAACGUUGGUUUGUAUUCAGCCGUACAAAGCGAUCAUUUCUAUAUUAUGCAAAUGAGAAAGAUGAAAGCAGACCGAAGGGAGGUAUGUACUUCCAAGCCAUCCAGGAAGUCUAUUUUGAUCACUUGCGACCACACAAAAGCCCGAACGCAAAUCUCACGUUUUGUGUAAAGACACGUGAAAGGACAUACUUCCUCGUGGCACCGUCACCAGAGGCGAUGCGUAUAUGGAUGGACGUGAUAGUGACGGGAGCCGAAGGAUACAAGGAAUUUGUAUAAGGAAUAGUGAAACCUGACAGAACAUUGAAACAUUUCCAAUAAAUUCAAACAGCUGUUCCGCAUUUAGCAAUUGCCAGUACACUAAACAUUUUUUAAUUGUCCUCGGAUAAUGAGGUUUUUAAAUGAUCGUGCCUUACUCUUGUAAAAAUAUUUUAUAACUUCUGUAUUCAUGAAUGUGUAUUCACCUAUAUGCAUAUUCAGAUAUUAUGCAAAUGAAAAUUGCACAAAUGUACAAAAAACUAGUUUCCUUAGCCAAAUGAUUUUAUACUGUUUAUAUCCAGUGUAUUCAAUAAUGAAGUUGUCUUCCCAUAACAAGGGUUCUAUAGGAAAUCAUUUGUAUGGGUCCCACCUGAAAUUCAGACCAAGUUUUCUUGAAUUUUUGUUCUACAAAAAUAAUGCAAAAUACUCAAGAAUUUGUUUAUUUAUCCAUUUGACCAAUUUCUAGAAAGCUUAUUGAAUAUUCAUAUAAUCCCUUUUGUUUAUUGUUACUGUUGAAUAUGAUUAAAGAAUGAUAAAUCAUAAUUUUCUACAAUUGUUAGGUAAUUUUGCUGUGUACAUAAAAUGUGAUUAUCAGCUUUAGAUUCUCAUUUUAACAGAAUUUGAUAGGAUAUCAGUGUAAGAUUAAAAAUUUUAUGAGCAUUAAAUUAUUCCUUAAUAUUGUCAACAUUGGUAUAUCUUAAUAAUUUAUUUGAUCGAACGUUUGAUCUAUUGGGAAAAUUUGGUCAUUCCUCAAUGCCUGAACUUAGUUUUCUAUGAAAACAAGCAAGAAAUCAUUUAAUUUUUGUGUGAUACUGUACUAUUUAUUUUAUUUUUAUUUAUAUAAUUUCCAGAUAAAAAGCAAUUCACAUAAUAACAAGCUUACAUGCAAUGAAGUAUACCGUACAUAGGCAAUCGUGACCUUUGGAUUGACAGGUCAUCUUUGAAAUUAUGCCCAUAUAUAUAAAUAUACACUGUGUUAAACCAAACCUGACCAAUCUAUUGUAUAAUUUCCGAUGAAAUGCUUCACAAAUAAGCAUGUUAACUAAAAUAGAAACCACCUUGACCAAAACCAUGCAGAUGAAUUAUUUUUAGAACAUCAGCAUUUUACAAGGAAUUAGCAAUUUGUUGAGUUAAAUUGUGUUGAUAUUACUAAUAAUGAAUGGAAUUAUUCAGCCUUGGUCAUGGCUUUGUCACAUUUGGUUUAAAGUUUUUAGUUUUUUUGUUUUUGUGUUUUUUUUUAAAUGAAAGUUCGGUACACAACCUUUGGAGGCAAGAUAGUCACAUAGUCAUUUGACUAGUGGCUAAUAAUUAACCUCCUUAAAUGAACAUCAAACCUAUACAAACUGAUAAAAAACAUGGUCCUUAAUUGUCUAACUCUCUUGAAAGGGUUAUUCAAGGAGCUGAGCAUUUUUGUUAUUAUAUAAGACCCGAAUUCACAAGCAUUAUGAUUACUAUAGAAAUAAAAGUUAAUCUAAAAGAAACUAUAACAACAUAUCAUAACUUUGAAUUAUAUUAAAUGUUGUCAACUUUACUAAUUGUCUACAUUUAGGAAAUUGUGACUUUCGACCCCUUCUUUGUUUCCUAUGUUAUGGUAUAUACAUUGACAUUGAGAAUGUAAUAUUAUGUUAAUUUUUACAUGUGUGCGUUAGUAAGGAUUUGCUGUUUGGUUGACCAAACCAGAUUUUUUUUAUCAUGCUUUACUUUGAUUUUGAACAAGUGAAUCAUUUGUAAUUUGAAAGGAAGAGCUAAUCUUCUAUACUCAUCCUGUUCGCUUUUUUUUGCGUGAUUUUUUUUUUUUUUUUUGCGUGAUAGCGAAAAAAUGUAUUUGACCGGAAGCUGGAGUGUUAAAGUGGAGAUUUGCAACUCGGAGCUUUGAAUUUGUACAACCCAUAUUUUCCAUUAUUUUUUUUAUUGUUACUACUAUUAUUUUUAUCAUUUUUUACUCUUUAUUACUCUUCAUUCUCAGUUAUAAAAAAAAUUAUCACCAGUAUUAUAAUUAUUGUUAAUAUCAUCAUAUUCAUUGUUUAUAAUUUUACUGUUAUAAAAAAUAGUAUGUGCUAGGCCCUAUAUAAUAAUUUUACUAUUGUAUUUGUAUUAUUAUUUUUAGUGUAAAGUGUAAAUUUUAAAUUGGGUUAUAGAAGUAUAUGAUAGCCACACCCAGCAUUAACCAGUGGGAUAAGGUACUCAUGUUUGAACCUUCCUCAAGUUUUCCAUAUUUUAAAAUGUGUUUAUAUGUACUUAAUUGUGUACUUAGUUGUAUAUUUGUAUGUAUUCUUGGUAGUUGAAUUGCAAAAAUGCUGUCAAUAAUAAUUAAAUUGCAUAAAAACAGUGACAUAAAAUUAAAUCGAAUUAACAAUAAAGUUGUUUUUGGGGGGCUUUUUUUUUAUAUGGGUAUUGAUCACAAGUAUUCUGAAUACAGUGUACCCUCCAAUCUGAGACCCCUCAAUCCUUUAACACAAAGCUAACCCUCUAAUUGGAAACUGAACCUCAAGACCACCCACAAUUUUCAGGUCCCAAUGGUGGUCUCGAAUUGGAAGGCGAACUGUAGACAUAAGUAGGAUUAAUGUUUUUUAACUGCCUUUAUUAAUAGAGUUUUUGUAUAGUGUUUUAUAUGCUACAUUACAAUUUUAAGUGAUUUGAGAUUUUAAUAUGUAGAUAUCACUUUAUACCAGUAUUUUCAUUUAUUUUGUACUGCUGUUUUUCCAACUGAUAUAUAGUAUUGUAGAUUGUUUUGUUGUUCCUUCUGUUUAUAUUAUUUUAUAUUUUACCAUACUUUCUUCUUACUUGAUUUGCCUUCUGAUUAACUGGAAUAGUUAAUAGCAAAAUGUUUCAUUGCAUUUGUAUUUAUAACUGCAUUGAAAGAAAAUCAUUGAUAUUUUAUUUUAACUUUAUACUCUUUCUAAUUAGUAUUAAAUCAGUAUUACUUAUGUUAGACUUUCAUAUUUACAAUUUUAAUAGUAAAGUAAUUGCUUUUUUCUUAUUUCUUAUUUUAAUGUAAAUUGUUUGUAAUAUAUUGUUAUGCCGUAAAAAGUAUUUCUUGAUAACAUUUGAUUUUGUAAGGCAUGCUCAAGUGAGACAAAAUUCACACAUUGGGGGCAGCAGAGCAGUAAUUGUGGGGAUUAUCUGCUUUUAAAUCAUUUGGGUUUUUUAAAGAAAGCAGUGGUACAAGAUGACAAUGACUUAUAGAAAAUUAGGGUUUUCAAUCUUAACAGAAUGUUUUAUAUACUGUACUACCUCUGUAUAGUCGCAUUAAAUUAUGCAGAGCAGAUAAAAGCUAUUUAAGUGUCUGUUUCUUAGUCAUGGUAGAGUUUUUAGCAUUUAAUUAUAAAUAAUUUCUAUUAUUAGUUUGAAAUAUGAGUCACUGCUUCCAAAUGAAUACACUUUAAAUUUUAUACAGUAGAUGUUGACAUCUGUGUAAAGGGAUUUUGUGUAUCUGCAUCUGCUGCAAAAGUACAAUCCUGUUGCGUAGAGUGGUGACUAGAUAAGCUCCAAGUGGCAACUAAAACGAAGAAAUUAAACACAAAAAUUUUCUUGGCGGGCUCAGGUUGUGCACUGUUGGGUUUAUACAAAUACAGUAACACUUUAUUGCAAAAAAAAAAUACAGAACAAAGGGGUAAAGUGGGGAAAAACUAACAAAAAGGGAUAGGGACACUUAAAACAGAUUAAAACAGUAAAAGUAUAAAAGGUAAAACAAUAAAAACAAUGUUUCAUUUAUUACAGAACAGUUGAAUAUGUUUUUUAAAUAAAAGAUAAAAA